UUUGGCAGACCUUUCCUCCCAUCUCACGCUCGAUCAAGUUACGUCGAGCGGGGAAAGUGAAUACGAGCCAUAGGGUCCCGAAUGCGUAAGCUUGACACGAGCAAGGUACACGACCAGCUUGAAUCUACAUCGAUGCACCUUGCGUAUUGAAUUCUCAUCCGGACUUAGCGGAUCUGAGCAUCUCUGCGUGACGGUGUUCGAUACCUCCGCAAGAUACUGUUAUGGACUUAAGCGUGUCAUUCUGGGCUAAACUCCGUUCGGGGAUAUCGGUGCUUGUUACAACGUACAGACCACCAUAGAACGGAGAUUCUGCGAAGGCCUUACAAUGCUACUUUCACAUUAGUACCAUGGGACGGCGUACUCGAUGCACGGGCUGAGCUGCUACUAUAAAGACAUUAAGAUUCGCGUUGGUACGACAACUACGCUCACGCAUACAAUUUCGUUCUACGAUCCAGUCAGAGCUACAAUACCUCAGCAUGGCCUCGUCGAUCCACAAGAUCGCCAUAGUCGGAGUUACUGGAACCAUAGGAACAUACAUCACCCAAGCCUUGACAGCCAAAAACCGCUUUGCCAUUACCGCCAUCUCGCGUCAUGAUUCCAAAGCGGAGAUCCCGGCCAACGUCCAGAUCGCGCGCGUCGAUUACAGCGACCACAAAUCUAUUACCGAAGCCCUCAAAGGGCAUGCCGCUUUGAUCAUCACGACCUCUGUUUGGGCACCAAAAGACACAUCCGCAAAGCUCAUCAAGGCAGCUGCAGAUGCCGGCGUAUCUUGGAUCCUUCCAAACGAGUUCGGUAUGUACAAUACCGAUGAAGCAGCACAGGAUACGAUUGGUUCGGGCAAGAGAGAAGAUCGAGAAUUGAUCGAGUCAUUGGGCGUGUCGUCCUGGAUCGGCAUCAGCUGCGGUUUCUGGUAUGAGCACUCGCUCUCGAAUGGGGAGCUCUACGGGAUCGAUACCAACAAGCGCAAAGUCACCUUCUUCGAUGACGGAACACAAAAGCUGAACACAUCCACAUGGCUGCAAGUUGGUCGCGCAGUUGCGGCACUGAUGUCGCUACCAAUUGGCGUGGACAACGAAACGGAUGCUCGCACAACGUUGAGUUCGUACCGAAACAGCAUGGUGUAUGUUUCAUCCUUCGGGGUGAGCCAGCAGGACAUGUUCGAGUCAGUGAAGCGGGUGACUGACACCACCAAUGACGACUGGAAGAUAACGUCGGAGCCGGCAAAGGAGCGUUACGAAACUGCAUGUGAGAACCUGAAGAAAGGUGACCGCACCGCCUUUGCCCGCAAAUUGUACGCUAGAUACUUCUACGAAGAUGCAGGUCUGUUUGAGAAGUCACACCGCUUAGACAAUGAGAGACUGGGGUUGCCGCAAGAAGAUCUGGAUGUAUUUACGAAGGAAGCCAUCGAACUGGCGCAAACCGAGUUCUGGGCAAAGUAUGGACAGUAGACCUGUAUGUACAAAUCAUAUUAGGAACACCUUUAGGAUGCCCCACUGCUGCAUGUCCGCCACCUCCCAGACACCUUGGCAUUUUGGAUCCAUGUGGUAUAGACCGCGUUUGCUUGAUUGAAGUGAUCAAGACUUGCAAGUAGCUCAUCACUAGGAUUACAGAAUGUUGUGGCUUGAUCAGCU